GACUGUCAGCUGGUUUGCGUCACGUGAGCGAGCGGAGCUUUGCGGAAAAACUAAACGAAAAUGGAAGGAGCGACGUGCUCGAUUCGAGUGCGAUUUAUGGCUUUUAUUGCCUUUUUCUUCGCCAUUUUCGCUACAGGGAGCUCCACUGCUCAAGUGCCAGUGCUAAUAUGGUCCAGUGACGGCUUACCACCACUGGCCACACCUGCAGCUGGUCACAUCACGUCCAAUGACCAGUUGACUGCCUACCUCACCUCUGCCUUUGGCUCUGGCCCCCACACUGUGUUGUUGUUUCUGCAGGACAAGUUAAGCAAAGAUGACUUCACAGUCUUUGGUGGAGUGUUUGGAAACAAGCAGGAUAGUGCCUUUCAUAACCUUGAGGCGGCACUGCAGUCUUCUUCCUCGUCAGUGAUGCUUCCCGCUUCAGAGUGGUCAGGCUCCUCUGCCAUCCCGGCUCUGCUGCAAGAGAAGCUUGGCGUCUCACCUCUGCUUGUAGACGCAGACACUCUGUCACAUCUCAGCAUCAACACAUCUGUCAGCAAUCUAAUACUCAUCAAUCUUCCAUAUUGUACAGACUUGCACAAGUCUUGCAAGGAAGUCCUACAUGACAAUGAUGAGAUUAUUGGAAAAGUUCUGAGUAUCAUGAAAGCCCAGAAUGUCCCAUAUACUGCGAUAUACACAGGACUCCAGCCAUCACGAGUGAUUUCAGAGACAUCUAUGUCUAAACAGCCUGCAGGGCGAUCCUUGCUCCAAGCAGUUGUACCUGAUGUCAAACCGCCCAUCAUCUUUAAUGUAUCCAGUGGCCCUUGCAUAAUGCUUUGGGCUCAGAAUCUCAAUAUCAGCCUCUCAAGCACUUCAGCGUGGAUCGACCUUGCUGCACAAACACCUUCCUUGGCAGGAUCCCUGUGUAGCAGCAGUAACUCAAUGCUUGUCCUCAGUUAUGCAUCAGGCUUUACUCUAAGUUUUGCCAUGAGUCGGCGGUUCUAUCCUGUGUCUGCACGUUACUGGUUCACCCUGGACUCUGUGCAGCUGCAGUUUAACGGUCUAACUGCAUCUUUCAUUGGAAGCCGCAACAUCUACGCCCCUGCAGAGUAUUCCUUCCACUGCCAGUCCGUCAGCAGCUUCCAAGAUACUCUGCUAGUGCCAAACAACACCAACCAAAACACCACGCAGUGGAGGCUCAAUUUUAUCGACUUCCAGAUUCAGGGCUUCGGUUUGGCCAAUGGAACAGAUUUCUCCUACGCCAGUGACUGUGCAGGCUUCUUCACCCCAGGGAUUUGGAUGGGGCUGCUGACCUCACUGCUCAUGCUGUUCAUUUUCAUGUACGGUCUGCACAUGAUCAUGCAGCUGAACACCAUGGAUCGAUUCGAUGACCCCAAAGGUCCAUCGAUUUCAGUGCCUCAAUCGGAGUGAUGCACUCCCACACACACACUCAUUCCUCAGUCCUUCAGUGCCUCCUAGUAGAUUGUGGACCCAGGAGAGUCCCUCCUUGUCAUUAAGCUUUUGUACGUUUGGGCCUUUUUCUUUGAGAAUAUCUGUCAGGCAGAUUGACCUUCCCUCUGAUAUUCUCUCCUGUAGUUUUCUGUCCUGAAUCCUUCCACAGCUGUGUUUGGGAUACUGUUACCUUGCAAGGCACAUUCCAUUUCAUCUCUCCACAUUUGCAAGUGCCAAAAUGGAUGCGCCUUUACACGAGUUGAUUUUGAGUGCAUGUGCUAAAAGAUGUUAUUGUGCCAGUGUUGGCCAGACACAGUGGAUAUUUUCCCUAAAAUAAUUUGCAAUAAUUCCUCAUAGUAGAGAAUGCCUUCUGUGUCAACAUGAAUGCGUUGCUGGAUGCUGUAGGACCGCUUCAGACCUCAGUUCUUACUUUUUUAAUUUUUCCAACUCAAUUGUAAUUUAAAAGACUACUGGUUAUGAAAGAAGUGCCUGUAUAUAAAGAGUAGAUUGCGGUUUGUGACUGUUCUGAAAUGUUGCUGUUUUGGAAUUGCCUUACAAAAGUGUGAUUUAGUUCUGUCACUCCUCGCAGACAACUCCCUCGCCAGUGCCACCACUUCAAUAUUUACAAGUAAUUUAUUUAUAUAAAAAAAGACUUUAUCUGCUUAGCCUACCCUUAAAGUUUACCUCUUGCUUCAGGUUCAUGAAUGAAUUUAAAAACAGUGCCUCAGUUCUGUUUUUGUCAAAACGUAUUGAUGUGCAAUCGCCACGACAUGUACAUUGUCUUUCAUUGAAAAUAAAGAUGUGUUUAAGUUGUGA